AUGACCUAUGGAUUGCUUCAGAAGAUCCUGGUGUUCACUUGUUUUCAUCUGAUUUAUCUAUCAAGUCAACAAGAGUUGAACUUUGUCUAUGACAGUUUUGGAGGGCAAGAAAAUCUUUAUCUUGAUGGAUCUGCAACAGUUCUUCCCAAUGGAUUACUUCAGCUUACAAACGCUUCAGACCAUCAAAUGGCUCAUGUUUUCUACAAGAAACCAAUCGGUCUCAGUUCCUCUAAACCACUCUCCUUCUCAACACACUUCAUUUGUGCUCUUGUGCCUCGGCCAGGCUUUGAAGGUGGACAUGGCAUGGCCUUUGUAGUAUCUACCUCUAUGGAUUUCUCACACGCAGAGUCAGAUAGAUACUUGGGGGUUUUCAACGUGUCGAAAAAUGGAUCCCCCUCUUCUGAUGUGCUUGCUGUUGAGCUUGACACUAUUCGGAAUCCAGAUUUUGAAGACAUUGAUAACAAUCAUGUGGGGAUUGAUGUGCACAGUCCUCUGUCUGUAGGAACAGCUUCAGCUUCUUACUAUUCAGACAUAAAAGGUAAUAACCAAAGCAUAAACCUCCUGAGUGGAAAACCAUUACAGGUCUGGUUGGAUUAUGAAGACACUAUGCUUAAUGUCUCAAUAGCUCCUCUUGAAGUACUCCAGAAGCCAAGUCAGCCUCUCUUGUCACAACCCAUCAAUCUUACAGAAGUUUUUCCAAAUAGUUCAAAACUUUUUGUUGGGUUCUCUGCAGCAACAGGGACAGCUACUAGUUAUCAAUACAUUCUUUCAUGGAGUUUUUGCACAAACAGAAGAUCUUUACAGAGACUUGACAUCUCAAAACUCCCUGAGGUUCCUCAACCAAGAGCUGAACAUAAGAACCAUUCUCAACUGUUCAUUGUCCUUCUUGGUUUUCUAGCUACCAUGGGCUUGGGUGUUCUCAUAGGAGUGUAUCUUUUCAAGAAGUGCAAGUAUGCAGAAGUAGCUGAAGAAUGGGAGAAGGAGUUUGGUGCUCACAGAUUCUCCUAUGAGUCCUUAUACAAAGCAACAAAAGGGUUCAACAAGGAUGAGUUUCUCGGAAAAGGAGGCUUUGGAGAAGUGUACAGAGGAACUCUCCUUCUAAGCAGAGAGAUAGCUGUGAAGAGAAUGUUCCAUAAUGACGAUCAAGGUGUGAAGCAAUUUGUGUCUGAAGUGGUGAGCAUGAGGUGUCUGAAACACAGGAAUCUUGUUCCACUUCUUGGGUAUUGCAGGAGAAAGCAUGAGCUUCUUCUGGUCUCUGAGUACAUGCCCAACGGUAGUCUUGACGAGCAUUUGUUUGACGACGAGAAACCAGUACUUUCUUGGCCUCAGAGACUUGUGAUCCUUAAGGGUAUAGCCUCAGCUCUUUGUUAUUUGCAUACAGGUGCUGACCAAGUUGUUCUGCACCGAGAUAUCAAAGCUUCUAACAUUAUGUUGGACGGUGAGUUCAACGGAAGGCUAGGGGAUUUUGGAAUGGCUAGGUUUCAUGACCAUGGAGGUUAUGCAUGCCCAACAGGAGCCGUUGGAACUAUAGGAUACAUGGCGCCGGAAGUAAUAGAUAUGGUGGCUUCCACUGGAACUGAUGUGUACGCCUUUGGUGUUUUCAUGCUUGAAGUUACAUGUGGGAGGAGGCCUGUGGAGCCACAGUUACAAUGUGAGAAGCGAGUUCUGGUGAAAUGGGUUUGUGAGUGCUGGAAAAGGGAAUAUUUGCUUGAUGCUGUUGACCCGAGCCUGGGAGAUGACUUCUUACCUGAGGAAGUGGAGAUGGUUAUGAAACUUGGUUUGUUAUGUUCAAAUAUCAUGCCGGAAUCAAGGCCUACGAUGGAGCAAGUGGUUCUAUACUUAAACAAUAGUCUGCCUUUGCCAGAUGUCUCACCAUAUACUGUGGGGUUUAGCAGUCAUUCUUCGGUUUUGAUUGAUGCAGCCUCUCUUGUAGCUUCAAGGAGCUGGUCAGAUUCCUCAGCCUCUUCUUCCUAGGCCAAUAACUAACGGAUUAGCCAUGGUGACACAUAGUGGAGUCUAAGAACUCUCUCUUCAUAUAGUUGUGGGAUAGAAAAACCUCAGAUCCUCUCUCUGGCUUCAACAGCCUCAGUAGUUAGAAGUAAGACCCAAUGUAUAUAGCAGAAAGCAGAUUUUAUUUGCUUUCAAUAUUGUUUUAUCUCUCUCACUUA